UGACAGUCGCCUUUACCCGUGACCGUCCGGCGUACUACGCAUGUCGACGGAAGUGGAAGCCGGGCUGCGAGAUGACCAAUAUUAAAACAAUAUCGAUAUGAAUUAAGCUGCAUGUCACCGAAUGUAUAGCAGCACUGAGGCUCUGAUAGCAUCGCUGCCAGAUGUCGGUUAACCUGCGGCACUUCAGUCCCCCUGCAGUGGACGCGCUGUGUACAUUUUCAUUCCUGAAGAGAGAGAGGACGAACACAGAGAAGCAAGAAUGAGAAGACUUCCUGUUCUGGUGGCCCUCAUCUGGGUCUGCUCAGUGUUUUAUGUGGGCAUCUUCCUGUUUGUGGGAGGCUUCCUUCUCGUCAGGCUGGAGGUCAACAGAACGAGCACCUGUGCAGACGUCUUAUCUCCAGGAGCCCAGAUGAAAGGAGAUUUCUGCCUGAGCGAGCCUCGCUUUCGUAGGGCAGUGGUCCUGAUCAUCGACGCCCUGAAGGCCGACUUCACCCGCUAUGAUCCGGAGAACACAGCACCCAAACCGUUUGAGAACAAGCUGCCAGUGUUAGAUGAGAUGGCAUCAUCACACCCCUCACAAGCGAGACUCUACACCUUUCGGGCCGAUCCGCCCACCACUACCAUGCAGAGGAUCAAAGGCUUUACGACAGGUUCCCUGCCCACGUUCAUUGAUGUGGGAAAUAACUUUGCAUCCAAUGCCAUCCUGGAAGACAAUCUAGUGCACCAGCUGGGCCAAGUGGGCAAGAGAGUCGUUUUUAUGGGGGAUGAUACAUGGGUGAGUCUCUUCCCCAAGAAGUUCCACAAAUCUCUGCCCUUCCCCUCCUUCAAUGUGAAGGACUUGCACACUGUGGACAAUGGCAUUCUGCAAAACAUUUAUCCUACCAUGGAGGGGGAUGAUUGGGACGUGUUAAUUGCUCACUUCCUGGGUGUGGAUCACUGUGGGCACAGAUUUGGCCCAGAUCACCCUGCGAUGGCUGAGAAACUCUCCCAGAUGGAUGGAGUUAUCAGGUCAGUGAUAAAGCGUCUGAAGAACGACACCCUGUUGGUUGUGAUGGGUGAUCAUGGAAUGACGGACACUGGGGAUCAUGGUGGAGAGAGCCAGAAAGAAACAGAUGCUGCCCUGUUUCUCUACAGUUCCUCUCCCUUAUUUUCAGCACCAGGCUCCCAGGUGGAACCUGAGGUAGUACCUCAGACUGAUCUGGUGCCCACCCUGGCAUUGCUGCUGGGAGUUCCCAUUCCCUAUAGCAGUGUGGGCCAAGUUCUUCUGCCACUUUUUCCUCAGAAUGGCUCCCGAGGUGCACCUACAGGACUCAGCCAGGCUGAGGCGCUGUGGAUUAACGUCAAACAGGUAAACCGCUUCUUGGAGACCUACUCUAACAUGGCCAAAGACAUCCCACCAGACAGUCUGUCUCAACUGCGGGCUGACUUCUCAAACAUUUCCUCCCAGUACUUGGCCGCUGUCCACAAGGGUCAUGUUCCCUCUCUUGAGUUAGUCGUCUCCAUGCAGAACUAUCUGACAGCUGUCAGGGAGACUUGUAGAGCCUCCUGGGCCCGUUUCAACCCUUUCAAAAUGGCUGCUGGGCUCUUAAUCUUAGGGGUUUCCUGUGUGCUGUGCUACGUCAUUUCCGAGUUGUCUCAUGUAGUAAUUCAGGAGGGCCUGCUGAAGUUGCCCAUACUUUCAGGGCUGGUCGUAGGACUAGUAGUAGCUGCAGGUCAGCUGUUCACACAAGGUUAUUUGGAGCUUUCGUGGUGUUUGGGAGCUGCAUCACUUUCUUCUGAGGUUUUGUUUCUAUGGAGGACUCGUGGAGUUUCUCCAAGAGGUAGGUGGUCAGCUUCUGGCCUCCUCACGCCAGCCCUGCUGGUGCUUUUCCUGCGCUGUGCCUCGCUACUCUCUGACAGCUACGUCAUCUACGAGGGCCACGUGGUUACCUUCUUGCUCUUGACGUUGAGCGUAUAUGUUCCUCUCCGUCUCAACUGGAAUGGAUUCCUGGUCCCGCUUCCUCCACCAGACACCCAGAAGCCACCUCGGCUGCUCCCAACAGCGCUGCCGUCCUCAGUUGUUAGACGGGAGGCCACCAUCUUGCUGGUGUGGUUGGGAGUAAUGGUUGGAUCACUUUACCUAUCCCUCUCACUCCACAAUUGCCGAGAGGAGCAGGGCACCUGCCAGCCCUCACCUUUCCUCUCCCCGCUUUCACGUGUACAGGACAGCCAACUGCGUAACCUCCACUAUGUCCUCUCUGUGGUCUCAUUGGCCAUGUGGGGGUAUCUUUUACAUCGUUGGCUCAGACACUACGGGAACCUUAACUGUUCCAGUGCGACUGUGUUUUCGGCCUGCUUCCUUUUACCACUGGCCUGUGUUUGCAUGGGGUUGCAUUGGGCAGUGAGCGCCACCCCAGAGGACACCUUCCGGAAUUUGUCUGAGCUAAUCGGCCUAGCCCAGGUGUUCCUGCCGCGGACCACUUUCUUCCUACUGAGCCUGGGAUUGCUCCUGUUGUGGGUGGAUCCCAUGACUGUGUUCCUCAAGUCAAGGACUCCGUUGAACUCUCGAGGAACAUCCCUGCCACCCCCCAAGUACCGAGCCAGCACGGGAAUCAGUCCACAGGCUGAACUGCACCACCUUAUACCACAGCUGUAUCAGCGUAUCCGACACUCGCUGGAGGACGGGGUCACGGAAGGUGGCGAAGCAGACAGCAGGCCAGCCGUGGAGGCUUACGGGCUCGGUACAGUGUACUCGGCGCCCUUGAUCCUGCUGUGCGGACUCCUGGGGUUGGCGCUUCUGCUACUCCAUCCAGAGGGAAUGGCCCUUGCCUUCCUGCUUCUCCUGCUGGAGGCCGCAGCUAUGCUGCACAUCCACGCAUGUAGCACCACUCUCUCCAGCCUGCACAAACACUCCAAUGGUUUCAGUGUGCCAUGGGCUCCAGUGGUUUCAUGGUCUCUGGCGGCUGCCCAGUUUUUCCAUGCUACGGGACACCUCCCAACCUUUCCCUCCAUUCAAUGGGGUGCUGCAUUUGUGGGUUUUCCUCAAGGUCACACAGGCACUGUACUUCCUGCCUCAUUGGUGACCCUCAACACCUUCUCCUCUCACAUCAUCUUUGCAGUUGGCUGUCCUUUGCUGCUGUUCUGGCCUCUGGUGUGUGAGGUGCGUGGGACCCGAUCUACGCGCUCAGCAGGAGCGGAGGAGAGCGAGGACGCUGUCAUGGAGAUGAGACUGAGAGAGAACCCUCAGAAGUUCAGCUCGGGUCUCUUGCAGCUCGCUGCACGCUACCUCUUUGUAAAUGGAGCACAGGUUUUUGCGUCGGUUUGUGCUGCAGCCAUCCUAAGGAGACACCUCAUGGUGUGGAAAGUGUUUGCACCCAAACUGAUGUUUGAGGCAUCUGGCUUCAUCGUGGGCAGCAUGUUUGUUUUUCUGGGGGUUGCCAUGGUGAUGAGGGUGGACAUGUCAGUGGGUGGACUGUUUAAGAAACUCCUCCCUCAGAACUCCAGGUAGCACUUGUUACUCCGCCCCCCACAACCCCAUCUAGAACUUCUCAGAGAUGUGACCUGGUCAUUCUCCUCAACUCCACUGCCAACCAUACAGAUGGAAACCAGAUUUGUUUUGUAUCUGACUUUGGACCAAAGAGGUCUAAAGCAUCUCCUCAUUUUUGAACACGUGAGAGAAGUCAAUAAACCGAAGUUAUUUUAUAAAAGCCAUUUUAGAAGACUGCAACAGUCAUUAUGCUUUCAAUAAGCUAUUGAACUGUUGGCUUUGGUUGCUUUGCUGCCUUUGUAUUGAAAGAGAGAGAGAGAAAGGGAGAUGAUCUUUGUGCAUGCUUUUUUACUGCCAUGUUCCACAAGGUCAUUAAAGAGAAUAUUGUAAGUUAUUUUACUGAAGGGCUACAUGAAAUCCACAGUGUUGCAAUGGUGUGAACUCAUAAAACCCCCCACUGACCAAAAUAUUUAAAGGGCUAGUUCAAUUGAAAUGUAAUUCUGUCGUCAUUUACACCCUCAUGUCGUGAUAUAGCUGCCCAAGCUGCUCCAUGCAGUAAUAAUGGAUUGUAACCAGGGACAAUUGUGCUCACCGUUCACAUUCAUUGGAAUGGUGAGCACUUGAACAUUCUGAAAAGUGCUGCAUUCGGAAAAGAGCAGCUUGAACAUUCUGCUACAGCACACCCUUUGUGUUUAUGGAAGAAAGAAAGUCAUGCAGGUUUGGAAUGUAAAUGAUGACAGAAUUAUUUUUUUGGUUUUUGGUUGAACUGUCUCUUUAAAAGCUACAAGUUCACGCAUGAGAGCAUCAUUAAUUUCAGCAGUGGACUGAACUAUUGAUGAUUUUUUUCUUUUUCUUUUAUUGUCCAGCUUUUUGUUGUGUUUUUUUUUUUUUGUUUUUUUUUAAGCUUGAACAUUGGUUGGUAACAGCUCAUUGUUAAUGUGGUGUCCUGUCUAUUCCCUAGCAAUAACAAGCAUCAGGGUUGAACCAAUAACAUGUAUGUUGUGUUUUUUUUUUAUUUUUUAUUUUUUUAUUUUGGCUAGGUAAAUUCUUCACCUAGAUAUCAGGUCACUAGUUUUAACGGUUGCCUUCUUUGAUAUUAGUGAAUGAAAUUUGUGUUCAUUCAGUUUGCAUUGACUGUUAUUUAUUUAGCUGUCAUAUAUUUAGUUCACUAAUGGAUUAAAUGAUUUUACUCAUCUCAUUUUUGUGAGAAAUGCAUGGGGAAGAUAACUACAUGAUCAUAUGCUCAGGUUAAUUUAGCCAUAAUGCAAUAUAAUAUUCUGUUCUGCUUGGUGCAUUUGUAUGUGUGUGAGAGGGGCUGAUUUUUGUAUUUAAUUUUUUUUAAACAAAAUACUGUCAAGCCAUACAGUGGCUUUUAAUAACAUCUUAAUGUGUGGCUGAUGAUUGAAUUAGAACUGUGAAAGAAAUCAUUGUAAUUGUCCUAAAAUUCAUUGAUAAAGGGGAGAAAAUUGAUUAAAUAUUUUGUACAAUUUGAAA